UUAAAUCGUGUUCUUAUCACAUGAUAGCUUAUAUCGUAAAUUUAGCUACGAACUUAUUGGAAUGUGCUAAAAGAAGCUUAUGAGAAUUAUAAGCCAUUUUCGAUACUCCAAAUAAAUUAAGCAGAAGCUUUUCCAGUGGCCACCUAAAGGUGAUUGUUGAAACUUGAAAUCUAUGCCAGUUUGGUUUUAACUGGUCUUGAUUUCUGGUGCAAUAUUAUUUAGUAUUGAGUACGCUAAUCUUAAUUUAUUUUUUCAAUGUCCCAGCUGAAACUGUAGUAUACAGAAUCUAUUAUUACAUUAAUAGAUCUGGAAAUGGUUGUCUCACUUUGAGGGAACUGAAGCGUGGAAACAUAAUUGAUGCAAUGAUGCAUGCUGAUGAAGAAGAAGAUAUCAACAAGGUUUUGAGGUACUUCUCUUAUGAGCAUUUUUAUGUUAUAUACUGCAAGUUUUGGGAGCUGGAUACAGAUCAUGAUUUCCUGAUAGACAAAGAGAAUCUUAUCAGAUAUGGUAACCAUGCGCUUACCUACCGAAUUGUUGAUAGAAUAUUUUGUCAGAUCCCAAGAAAGUUUACCAGUAAGGCUGGGGGAAAGAUGGGAUAUGAAGAUUUUGUUUAUUUCAUACUGGCAGAGGAGGAUAAACCGUCUGAACCAAGUCUUGAGUAUUGGUUCAAGUGCAUAGAUUUGGAUGGAAAUGGAGUUCUGACAAGAAAUGAACUGCAAUUUUUUUAUGAAGAGCAAUUGCAUCGGAUGGAGUGCAUGGCCCAAGAGCCUGUGCUUUUUGAGGACAUAUUAUGUCAGAUAAUUGACAUGAUUAAACCUAAGGAUGAGAGCUUUAUAACUCUGCGUGAUCUGAAAGGUGGUAAACUUUCAGGAAGUGUUUUCAACAUCCUGUUCAAUCUCAACAAGUUCAUGGCCUUCGAAACUCGUGACCCAUUUUUGAUCCGUCAGGAACGUGAGAAUCCAACAUUGACAGAGUGGGAUCGAUUUGCUCAUAGAGAAUACAUCAGGCUUUCAAUGGAAGAAGACGUAGAAGAUGUCUCCAACGGAAGUGCAGAAGUCUGGGAUGAAUCACUGGAGGCUCCUUUCUAAACAUAUCUUAGGUAAGUGUUUUUGAAAUAAGACUUUUCUUUUGACUUCUGACCAUGCUACGUGCUUAGAAGUUUGAUUUCUGUUACUUGAAAGGUGAAAUCAGGAACUUGAGGUCUUCGUUCAGUGCAAUAUCUAUUCCCUCCUCUCUUUUUUUAACAUUCUGAAUUUCUCUUACUUUGGGCGUUGUAUGUGUGUGUGUGUGUAUUAGCACAGGGAUGAAAAGAAAUUAAUGCCCAAUAACUGAUAGACUGGCCAUUAUUCAGAGACACUGGGCUCAGGAUCAGCUUUAAGUGGGGACUGUGCCAAUUUUGCUUCAACUAGUGGGAAAUUCCGAAGCUAAGAAAAUGUGAUUUUGGUGGGCAAGUUCCAAAAAUAUUCUGAUAUGCUGGUAGUGAUAAAACUUUGGGUCAUUAUCAUGGAAGUUUUGUUGCCUUCUGUGGCUAUCCAUGCAAAAUGAGGACGUUUUCUGAGAAGAUUGAAUAUUAUUAACAACAGUGAGUAUGUUAUUCGGGAGACCCAAGUUGUUAAGGAACAUAAGUAGCAAUAUUUUCUCACCUUUGGAACUUUUAGUUGUUUGCUUCAGUGAUCGACCCCCUUUUGCCCCAGAUCUGUUGAAGAGUGCAUUUGUUUCAUCAUCUCUGGUUGCCGUCUUUCACUGAAUAUUUUUGUUAGGCAUCGUAGAAUUUAACGAGUAAUGCUAGACAAAUAAAAAUGUCACAUUUUUUUUUUCUGGAUGAUGAGAUUUAUCUUUCAAGAUGUAUGCAAGGAUUAUAGUGAUUCUUCCGUA